CUUCAGCCGCGAAUUAAUCUCGUAACCAGAACCUAUUCGGGUAGCCAUAAACGUGAAGUGCCAUAAAAAUUGUGAUUAAUAUUGAAGCUUUUAGCAGCAGUGUGAAGACAGCCCGCAUGGAGCGAGCCGGCAGCAUCCAGCUGGACAUUCCAGACUUCAGCAACUCCGUUCUGUCCCACCUGAACCAGUUGCGCAUGCAAGGGCGCCUGUGCGACAUCGUGGUCAACGUGCAGGGCCAGAGCUUCCGCGCUCACAAAGUGGUCCUGGCCGCAAGCUCCCCCUACUUCAGGGACCACAUGUCUCUCAGCGAGAUGAGCACAGUGUCGCUGUCUGUGAUCCGGAACCCCUCCGUGUUCGAGCAGCUCCUAUCCUUCUGUUACACCGGCCGCCUGUGCCUGCAGCUGGCCGACAUCAUCAGCUACCUGACGGCAGCCAGCUUUCUGCAGAUGCAGCACAUCAUCGACCGCUGCACACAGAUUUUGGAGGGUAUCCACUUCAAGAUCAGCUUGGCAGACGUGGAAGAGGAGCUGGCAGGUGGGCAGGUCCUCAGAAGCAGCAGUCGGUCCAUCGAGGCAGAAAGGGGCGGGGCCACGUUGCCAGGAUCCCGUUCGAUCAGCCCCAGGCACGGCGGCUCCAGAGUGAUCACCACCCACAGCGGUGCUGGAGGGGUUCUGGAUAUCCGAGACGUCAGGGAGGUCCGCGAGGUGAGUCCGUCCGGAGAGUCAAUGAGUCCACAGGUAGUGGAGCACAGCGGCCUGGGGGCUGAGGGCUCCAUGUCAGGAAAGGAGCCCAUACUCCGCAUCAACAGGGCAGGGCAGUGGUACGUAGAGACGGGGUCUGAGAUGGAAAGGGGCGGCGAGGACGCCGUGCGUGUGGUGGAAGGUCUGCGCAUCAAGACGGAGCGGAUGGAGGAGUGGAUUGGGGCAGAAACUCAGGCAUCGGCAGAGGAGGGCAGCGGGGCGGAGGAGGGGCCUACCAUGAUGAUUGACACCUCAGGUCGCACAUUGGUACAGGAGGGCUUUGUUACCGGGGCUUCCAGAGCCAAGAACUCUCAACCCUCCAGCAGCUUCAGUGAAACAGAGAGAUUUAGCCCUACAGGCAGCGUGGUGGUGAUGGCCGAGAGACCCAGGGCCAAAAGCGAGUCUCCAGGACGAGUGGAUGACCAGAGGCACCCCACUUCUCAGGGAGAGGAGCCUGCAGUGUUCGACAUGGGCGGCUAUGAAGAGUACCUGCGGGAGCAGGUGGGCGACCGCUGGUUCCGUUACAAUCCACGCCUCACCUGCAUCUACUGCUGCAAGUCCUUCAACCAGAAGGGCAGCCUGGACCGGCACAUGCGCCUGCACAUGGGCAUCACUCCCUUCGUGUGCCGCAUGUGCGGAAAGAAGUACACGCGCAAGGACCAGCUGGAGUACCACAUCCGCAAGCACACGGGCAACAAGCCCUUCCACUGCCACGUCUGCGGGAAGAGCUUCCCCUUCCAGGCCAUCCUCAACCAGCACUUCCGCAAGAACCACCCGGGCUGCACGCCGCAGGAGGUGUCCCACAGCGCCUCGCCCGAGACCACCACAGUCACGUCCCGCGGCGGACAGAACGAGGAUGAGUCGCCCGGCCAGGAGGACACCGCCGAGGGUAACGGAGCGCUAGGCAGAGGAGGCGGAGCUUCUUCCUUUGGAGAAGGGGUCCAGCCGUCUGUUUCCACCACUGGGCCUGACUGAAGGUGGCUCAGUGAGAUUCAGGAUAGGGUGUGGAGUCGGAGGGAGGUGGGAGGGGGGGUUAAGAAGAGAAAAUGGGAUGUUGAGCUAUUUCGGGAGGUCCCUGCAUCCCAGCGUUCACACUGAGCACGUGCGGAAAGAAGUGUCGAAAGAGCCAAGGGCUCUCUGGCUGCUUGGAAAGCUGCUGUCUGUCAGUGAAAAAAGAAAUGGAUGUAAACACAAGAAAUGAAACGUAACUAAACUAAACAAAAAAGGGGGCGGGGAAUCAGCCGGAUUAGACUGAUUACUUACAUGACGGUGGGCCUUUUAUUUUAUCUUCUUUAUUUUUAUUUUUAGACGUCCUUUCAACUCUAGAAAAAACAAGACAACACAACUAAUGCAAAGAGAAUGCUUCUAGUGUUCUUUAGGUAUUUAUGAAAACGAUCUCUGCGCUUUAAACCGCAUCUACCUUCACCGUACAACUGAACCGUUAACGUCAAGUAAAUGAAGACAUGCCACACUCCAACAACCUCACACACCACUGGAUGCAGUGAAUUUUCUUUUGUUUUUCUUCUUCUUUGUUUAUUUGCCUUUCCUGUCUUUUAUAUAUGUUACAGUUUUUUAUAUUUUUGUACUUCAACUUUAUCAGUGAAGCUUCAGAAUUCAGGACAAAAAAAAAGAGAGAAGGAGAGAUGUUGUGGUUAUGAUUUGGUCAAAAUUGUUGUUUUUGAAAAGAAAAAAAUAAUUGCCAAACUUCUCUGUGCCAGAUGGUGAUUAUGGAAAAAUAAGAGGGCAUUCUGGUCCUCUGUCACUUUGCCUUGAGACAAUCUUAAUAAAUCAGCCUGGGGUUCGACGCUGCUGCUCCCUGGCUUUAGGUAGGCUAGAAAAUAUAAAAACGGGUUCUGUUUGUGUUAGGGCCCCCUCAGGUCUGAUGUAGCGUCAGAUUCCUAAUUUGUUUAUUUCAGAACAAGUGCCAACUUGGCUUGUCAUUAAAUUCUUACGUUUGCUAUAAGUAGGCCUAAAAAAAUAGCUAUGAAACUGCUCAGGUCAGGGCGGCUCUUUAGCAGUGUUUUGACUUUUGACUCUGUGAUUAGACCAGUGUUUCUCGGUCAUGAUCCUGCAUAUUGAUAACUUUCUGUUCUUCAGACACACCUGAUUGAACUAAUCAGCUCAUCAACAAGUCCUCUCAGAGUUGCAGGGAGUGUGUUAAAGCAGGGAAACCACUGAAAUGUGCAGGGCAGGGUUGCCUACAGAAGCAAUUACUGUAUGUACUGUAGGUCAGAGGUGGAGCCAUGAGACUUGAAAAUAAAAGCUGAUAAAAGCUAAUUUUAGCUCCCCAUCACUGAGCAAUUAAGGAACAGACAGCAGAAGCUGCAGCAUUUAAGGUGCAAUAGAAGAAUACAAGAAAAUAAAAGCUGAUAAAAGCUAAUUUUAGCUCCCCAUCACUGAGCAAUUAAGGAACAGACAGCAAUCAUGAAUUGCUGCACCACCAGCCCCCCUUUCUGAAGACAUUUAAAGGAGAACUCUGGUGUAAAUUAGACUUUGGGUGUAGUAAAACAUGAUGAUAAUUACCUUUGUUGAAUAGCACACCUCCGUUCUCCCACAAACUGUUUAUCUAUCUAUAUGCUUGUAGAGUUCUUCGAUUUCUUAGUUGGAGGAUUCCCCCC